AUGAUUCGCGGCGGUAGCAGCUACGUGGCAUCACCUCCUUCCUUCUCCAACGACGCUAAGAAGCUUCUUGUCUGCACAGGAAACACUGUCUCCGUUUUCAGCGUCGCCACUGGCUUAAAGAUUACUUCCCUUGAAGGCCACACAGCUCCAGUGACUACUCUAAUUGUCGUUCCUGCUUCGACUGCUGCUCAAAAGAUCCUAUGUUAUUGCUGGACUGCUUCUCUUGAUGGUACAAUUCGUCAUUGGGACUUGUCAGGACCUGAGCUUUUGAAAACCAUUGAUGCCCAUGUUCCCAUUUACUCCAUGGUCAUUCCUUCUCUUUUGAGUGAGCCUCACCUAAUUGAUUCAAGUAAGUUAGUAGCUUAUGUUUCUGUUGAGGAUGCAAGUCUUGUUAAAGAAGGUUCCAAAGAGUUGCGUGGACAUAUCCGGAGAUUUAACUUAGCUAAAGAGCGUCUUCCUCGUGGAGAUACUUUGAAAGAGACGGAAGAGCCAAAGUCUAUAGUUAUUAGUCCCUCUGGAGAGUUUUUCGGAAUCCUCCACAAGUGCAAGAUCCAUGUAUGGGAUACUGUUACUUCUGGAGGGUCAACAAGGAAUGCAGUUUCCAAGAAGAUGACAUUGCAUCACACUAAGGUUAUCAACGCUUUUGCUUUUCAUCCCACGGAGAGGAUCAUAGCUGCUGGAGAUGUAACAGGAAGAGUGUUGAUUUGGAGAGGGUUCGGUAAUAGGAAACUUGCAUUGGGUAGUCAAAAGAAGAAUCUGAGAUCGGUGGUUGAUUUGGACAACCCUGGGGUGAGAGAUGGAGAUGAUGCUGAAUCUUCCACCACGUGGCAUUGGCAUUCUGCUGAAGUUAAUGUCCUUAACUUCUCUUCCGAUGGAGCAUACUUGUAUUCAGGGGGAAGGGAAGGGGUACUUGUCGUUUGGAAGCUUGACACAGGGAAGAAGAAAUUUUUACCAAGAAUAGGGUCUCCCUUGUUGUAUUUCAUCUGGUCACCAGAUCCAACUCUUUCUUCUGUGGUUUGUUCAGAUAAUCAGAUCCAUUUACUUAAAAUGCCUUCCAUGGAGAUCUUAAGGACCAUUACUGGAAUCAAGCCUCCCCCGUCAUUGCCUAAGAUGUAUGAAGGCUUGGCUAGUACUGUUGCUUUUGAUAGAUCUUCUGGCGUAGCUGCUCUGUGCACAGAGAAUUAUUGUGUUCAGCUAUACAAUCUUCUCAAUGACCGGGGAAUUUCAGAGGUUCAAGUUUGUGAAAGAAACCAUCAACCAGGCGAUGAAAUCACA